CAACCCAUCUGCCUUGAAUCUAGUGCUCCGCUGGGGCUGCACACAUCUGCCAGCCAGACUACCUUCGUACACAAUUACUCAAUCCACCGUAAGGCUCUUUAAUAGGAAACAAGUGUGACAACGGCAAGCCUCUUUUUUUUUUUUUUUUUUCUUCUGCCUCUUAAACCACAGAGUCAAAUAGCUCUAAUAGAGAUGAAGCUUGAUAGAUCCGCCCAGGUGUAGGUGAAAUGGUAGAGCCUCAGGGGUAAUAGAUGCUGUGCUCUCAGGCUGAAGUUUAGCACUUUGUCCUGACCGGCUCUCAGGCAGCAGCGCGAUGGGCUGCUGCUUGUACAGUUACAAAGUCAACAUGCUUCUCGCCGCUCACGUUUAUGCCUAAUCCGGAGGGCAACCUGGAGCUAGGUAAGGACCGGCAGAACCACCCUUUCAUUUCAGCGUGCGGACAAAGGACAGCAAAUGAAGGUACUUAAUGUGCCCAGAUACUUAAACAGUUGGAUUGAACAAAUGUACCUCAGGAAUUAAGAAUUCUUCCUGGAAAGAGUUUCCAGAUUGUUUGAACUUCUCUGGCCGCACAAUACAGGACGGACUGAAGCAGCAUAGGACCAGCAGCGUCUGCAGCAUGGGCUGGUUCGCUAGGAUUGUCUGUCUUUUCUGGGGAGUAUUACUUACAGCAAGAGCAAACUAUCAAAAUGGGAAAAACAAUGUGCCAAGACUGAAAUUAUCCUACAAAGAAAUGUUGGAAUCCAACAAUGUGAUUACUUUCAAUGGCUUGGCCAACAGCUCCAGUUACCAUACCUUCCUUUUGGAUGAGGAACGGAGUAGACUGUAUGUUGGAGCAAAGGAUCAUAUAUUUUCAUUCAACCUGGUUAAUAUCAAGGAUUUCCAAAAGAUUGUGUGGCCAGUAUCUUACACCAGAAGAGAUGAAUGCAAGUGGGCUGGAAAAGAUAUUCUGAAAGAAUGUGCUAAUUUCAUCAAGGUGCUUAAGGCUUAUAAUCAGACUCAUUUGUAUGCCUGUGGAACAGGGGCUUUUCAUCCAGUUUGCACCUACAUUGAAAUUGGACAUCAUCCUGAGGACAAUAUUUUUAAGCUGCAAGACUCACAUUUUGAAAAUGGCCGUGGGAAGAGCCCAUAUGACCCUAAACUGCGGACGGCAUCUCUUUUAAUAGAUGGAGAAUUAUACUCUGGAACAGCAGCUGAUUUUAUGGGGCGAGACUUUGCUAUCUUCCGAACUCUUGGGCACCAUCAUCCGAUCAGGACGGAGCAGCACGAUUCCAGGUGGCUCAACGAUCCAAGGUUCAUUAGUGCCCACCUCAUCCCAGAGAGUGACAACCCUGAAGAUGACAAAGUGUACUUUUUCUUCCGUGAAAACGCAAUAGAUGGCGAACACACUGGAAAAGCCACUCACGCUAGAAUAGGUCAGAUAUGCAAGAAUGACUUUGGGGGCCACAGAAGUCUGGUGAAUAAAUGGACAACAUUCCUCAAAGCUCGUCUCAUUUGCUCAGUGCCAGGCCCAAAUGGCAUCGACACUCAUUUUGAUGAAUUGCAGGAUGUAUUCCUGAUGAAUUCUAAAGAUCCUAAAAAUCCAGUUGUAUAUGGAGUGUUUACAACUUCCAGUAACAUCUUCAAGGGGUCAGCCGUGUGCAUGUAUAGCAUGAGUGAUGUGAGAAGGGUGUUCCUUGGACCAUAUGCUCACAGGGAUGGUCCCAACUACCAGUGGGUGCCUUAUCAAGGAAGAGUCCCUUACCCACGACCAGGAACUUGUCCCAGUAAAACUUUUGGUGGAUUUGACUCUACAAAAGACCUUCCUGAUGACGUUAUAACAUUUGCAAGAAGUCAUCCAGCCAUGUACAAUCCAGUAUUUCCUAUCAAUAACCGGCCGAUAAUGAUCAAAACAGAUGUAAAUUAUCAGUUUACACAAAUUGUGGUUGAUCGAGUGGAUGCAGAAGAUGGCCAGUAUGAUGUCAUGUUUAUUGGAACAGAUGUUGGAACUGUUCUUAAAGUAGUUUCAAUUCCUAAGGAGACCUGGCAUGAUUUAGAAGAAGUUCUGCUUGAAGAAAUGACAGUUUUUCGGGAACCAACUUCUAUUUCAGCAAUGGAGCUUUCCACUAAGCAGCAACAACUAUAUAUUGGCUCUACCACGGGGGUCACACAACUCCCUUUACACAGAUGUGAUAUUUACGGGAAAGCCUGUGCAGAGUGCUGCCUUGCCCGAGACCCUUACUGUGCCUGGGAUGGCUCCUCAUGCUCUCGCUAUUUUCCUACUGCAAAGAGACGCACGAGACGACAAGAUAUAAGAAAUGGAGAUCCAUUGACCCACUGUUCAGACUUACAACACCAUGAUAAUCACCAUGGCCACAGCUUUGAAGAAAGAAUCAUCUAUGGGGUAGAAAAUAGUAGCACGUUCCUGGAAUGCAGUCCGAAGUCACAGCGAGCUCUGGUCUAUUGGCAAUUCCAGAGGCGAAACGAAGAGCGAAAAGAAGAGAUCAGAGUGGAUGAUCAUAUCAUCAGAACAGAACAAGGCCUUCUACUGCGUAGUCUGCAGCGGAAGGAUUCAGGCAAUUACCUCUGUCAUGCGGUGGAACACGGCUUCGUGCAAACGCUUCUUAAAGUGACCCUAGAAGUCAUCGACACAGAGCAUUUGGAAGAACUUCUUCAUAAAGAUGAUGAUGGAGAUGGGUCUAAGACCAAAGAAACGUCCAACAGCAUGACGCCUAGCCAGAAGGUCUGGUACAGAGACUUCAUGCAGCUCAUCAACCAUCCCAACCUGAACACAAUGGAUGAGUUCUGUGAACAAGUUUGGAAAAGGGACCGAAAACAGCGUAGGCAAAGGCCAGGACAUACCCAAGGGAACAGUAACAAAUGGAAGCACUUACAGGAAAAUAAGAAAGGCAGAAACAGGAGGACCCACGAAUUUGAGAGGGCACCCAGGAGUGUCUGAGCUGCAUUACCUCUAGAAACCUCAAACAAGUAGAAACUUGCCUAGAGAAUAACUGGAAAAAAUGCAAUAUACAUGAACUUUUUCAUGGCAUUAUGCGGAUGUUUACAAUGGUGGGAAAUGCAACUGAGUUCCACCGAUUAUAAAUUAAGUCCAUGAGUAAUAUUACUAACAGGCAUUCUUCUGAAUACCAACACCUAUUAAUAGAGGUCAGAUGAACACAGAUGUUCACACUAGUGACUUAAUGUUUCCUAUGAGAUUUCACUAUACAGGUUUCACUUUCUUCUUUGCUUGAGAAAUAAAAAUGUCAUUUGCCAUAGUGCCAUCUAAAGAAUAAAAAUGGCAUCAGCAAAGCCAUUUUCUUGAACUAGAAGUUUAAGAUAAACUGCAUGGAUUUACUAAGCUGAUGAAUAUUCCAAAACAUUGUUGGAUUCAAGGAUAUCUUUUGGCUACCAACACUCAUGUUUAUGUGUACUGGAGGAGUAAAAUGAUACUGAAUGAAAUGGUCUGUGGAAAUAAAAAACAAACAAACAUAAACCAUUCAUCAUCCAGAAGAAAAAUGGAAUACACUGAUCUACUACUGAUGUCUUUCUUCCAGCUUUGAUCUAAAGAUGUAUUUUAUUAAAACUAUAAUUUAAAUGUACCAUGACAAAUAUGCAGAAAAAAAUUAGCUCUUUUCUAAGCUAGAGGAAGUUUUUGUCUUACAGUUAUUGUGGUAUAUAGUUUUUGUGUUUAAAAAACUCCAGUUGUGUGCUGCUUUUUAAAAACAUUUUCAGUUUUGCGAGAAUAACCAAUAUUGUCCUAAAGCAUAUAUACAUCAUUAACAACUAAUUCCUAAAAUCUGGAUAUAAAGUAUGCUUUAUUUCUCUGAGGAAUUAAGAAAAUAACACCUCCCUUUCUACAAAUAUUACCUAAAUUAAUUAGAAACUGCAUAAAUAUUCUUAGAAAAACAGAGCAUUUAUCUGGAAAGAAAAAAAAAACAUAGAAAUAAAUUUGCAAAUGCAUUUUGUUGUACCUAAUGAAUCAACAAGGAGAAAAAGGAUUGUAUAUUUCAUAAAAAGUAGUAAGCAUUGGUUUAAUUUAAUGUUAAUAGAAAAUGUCUUAACUCUUCACUUGAAUCCCUGUCUGAUAUUUGAGAUAUAAAAACUCUUUCUUGACUCCAUUAGGAUUUUUAUCUGUGUCACUUAAUUUUUUUGAGAAGAGGGAUAUCAAGGAUAUUCAGAACAGCAUCCUAAAAGCAAAUUUCCCAGCUCUGUUCACAUUUUUAUCAGCUAUUUCUUAUCUCACCUUAAGACAAUUAUCUGUCUAAAGAACUCAUGAUUCCUUUCAAGUCAGUGGGAGUGACUUUUAUACAAACUAUUUUCCAGGACACAACCCAGCCUUAAAACAUGUAAAGCUUGUUGUCUUCUGCAACAACUUAUAAAAUAAGAUACUUAUUAAUUAAGGGCUUGUCUGUUUCAUUGUCCUAAGAUGAUUCCUUGAGAAUAAUUGACUUCAAGAUGUAAAAAACCUUCAGCAUUGAGAUGGAGUUUCUUUAGUGCUGCACUCAUCUUUCUAAGAAUUCCUCUCUGGGUCCUUCAUCAUGCACAAAUAUGCAAAGGAAACAUUAUUGCUAAUUAAUGAAAGCAGCAUUGAAAUUCUGACUGUAGCUGUCUUGGGAUUCUAAAUAACUCAGAAUUAAUUUCUCACCUCAGACUAUAGUGAAUUUUCAAACAAAUCCUCUUAUCAGCUGAAAUAUUUCACAGAUGAAAGCUCAUGUUUCAAUUUUAAUGAUUACAUUGAAUAAAUACUUUUUGACGUUUGUUUCUAAUGGGAGCCUAGAAGUACCCUAUAUUCAAUCUUAGGCUCCAUUGAUUAAUACAGUGUUACUCUUAGAAGUACAUCCUCAAAUGGUAGCUGAAUUUUAAAUUAUUUGAAGAACAGACUCCUAUAGAGAAAAAAAAAAGUGUUUGAGAUAUAAAUCAAAGAACAAAAAGUACUUCAAAAUAGGUCAUUUUAACAUUUUUCAUAGAGUGUCUUAACUGUACUGCAAUUCAGUAUUGCAUUUUAUUCUAAAUUUGCAGCUGAAACACAUUUAUUGGCAAUAACAAAAUUAUCUUAUUUCUUUUUAGUCCUCAAAAAUAAAGGAUUUGAAAGGAUAGAGAUUGUGUAACUUUAGGGAUGCCUUCUAAUAUCUGAAUGCAUUUUGUUCAGCACUAUGAAAUACCCAUAGAAAGAAAGUCUAGAUUUCAGUUAAAAGAAACGAAACAAACAAAUCCACCAGCAUGUCUUAAUAAAUCAUCAGGUCUAUAUUUUUGAAGAAAAUUAUAGAUGUAACUUACAAAUAAAUAACUCUUAUUCCAGUCUUAAUCUUCUGUCAGUGUGAACGGGGCAAUUUGCACAAAAACUAAUUAAUAUCCCGUUUAUUCAGUUUUAAUAGGCUUUGGCUCAUGCUUGUAUCAUCAGAGUUGAAAGUUUUUUAAGAGACUCAUGUGACCUUGAAGAGAUUAUGACAACAAAUCUUAAAAUAGGGAAAAGUACAUAACAGAAGAGAAAUUAUGACCCACUUGAAAUCAAAUGUAAAAUGUAAAUGCAUGUAAAUGCACACUUAAUGCUACUUUUUAUGUAUUAUUUAGUGAUUUUCAGUGGUAUGUGUUUAAUAUUUUUGCUACCUACACAUUAGGGAAAAGAGAUGUAAAUAAUUUUGAAAAGAAGAGGAAGGACAGUGUAAAAUGCAACUUUUUGUAGGUACCCCAUUUCAGUGUGUUCAACAUCAUCCUAAAAUGCAAGAUUUUCCCACAUAGGUGACAAAGUGGCUCAUGUGCUAUAUAAGGGGAGAAGCUGUGUGCCCAUUCAAUAAGCAUGUUUUUUGCCAGGUAGUGAAUAUGUUCCAUAUCUGUAUUUAUCAUUGGAUUUCAGAUGGGAACUAGAAAACUGGAGAGAAAAAUGUAAUGAAACUGCUGCUGUAAAUUACUCCUGUUAGCAUGUAUUCAGUUGCUAAAUACACAUUUCUUCAAAAUAUUUGAAUUCAGAUGUCUUUCCUAUUCCAUGUAGCAUAUAGUGUGAAGGAACGUAAGAGUAGAAAAGGUUGAGAACCAGAGUCAAGUUGCUAGCAUAUUUCUUCAUUGUAGUCAUCUGUAAGCUGAGCUCUAUACUUCUGGUGAUAAAUGUGAAUGUUAUGCCUUUAAAUUAAAUAUUAUUAUUUUAUGCCAUACUUACAAAGCAAAUAUGGGGAGGAAAUUCUAUAGUGUCAUUAUCAUAGUCAGUUUCAUUCAGGAUCUACAAAGAUGCCUGAAAAUUGUUAUUGAAAUUGCCUAUCCAAAGGUCAUAAGCAAGUGUUUUAUUACUUUAUUAAUAUGGAGUAAUUAGUACAACAUUUUGAAAUCUUUAAGAAUUCAUUUUUAAACACAAUUUUCUUUCACUUUAAUGGAAAUAUGUCCAGUUUCAUGGCUUCAAAUACACACUUAACAAAUAGGAUUCAACAUUAAUGUAACAGUGUAUUAGAGA